GCCACGGUAAUAGAGGAGGCGACCACUUGCCAAAUCAUUGAGCUGGGACUGAAAUGGGGGAGAAAAAAAAAGUGGACGGGUGCGGAAAGCGGGUUAGAGGGAAUGAAAGGAGGAGAGGAGGCCAAAACAACAACAGCAAGGGAUUAGGCAUCGACCGAGCAAUCAUGGAACCCAUUUAGGGCAAAGCUGUGUCAAAAAUCCCCCCCCCCCCCCCCCCAAAGAUCUGAACUGUUGGUCCGACUUGACAGAAGCUCAAAACACACAAAGAUGAAAUAAAAUAAAAGGUCUGAAAUGGCAACCCUCCUGGAAGAGAUGAUUCCCUUGCUGCUGUGAUGUUUCUCUCCUGUGGAUGUGUAAGAGGUGAGCUGACUGGAGUGACGCCUGUGGCAUAGAAUAAUAAUGAGAGAGAGAGAGGGUUGCUGGAUGAGAAGAGCAUGCGUCAGCACGGAGGCAGGAUGAACGGCCGUCAAAGAGAGACGGUGACAGCAGAGAUGAGCUGCGCAGAGCCAGACAGAGAUUGAGCGUAGACGUUGAUGAGAUGACAGAAACAGUCAGCUGGAUUUUUGGCCCUUCUUGCCACACCUUGGCUGCAUCAGCUUAAUGCUCCUUGUGACUGCAGCAGCUCCGGGAAACCACCGAGGGAAUUUCCUUGCCUUUAAAUGAAUUUGGAAUCAUCACUUUCUAGCAGCUGAUGCUUCUUCAGGACGAAAGCUACUGACAAGCGAAAAGGGCAAACUGUGGAUUGUCUUGUUAAUUUCUGCUGAGGAGGAAACAACUCCCGCCUGCUCCAACGAAAGGAACUGACACUGCUCAUUCUGCAUUGAGCUUUGUGUCUGCAGCUCGCCUCAGGUUUGCUGUUACCGCAGUGAGCAGCACCUGUAAAUGUGUGAAAUAAUGAACUCUUCAUCCGGCUGUUUUCAGCAAAUACUGCCUCAACACAAACAAAGACGAUGAAGGUGGCGAUGUGGGACGCGGUGAAGCGGCAACGGGGUUAAAUUAUUAGACAUCAUGUCAAGCCAUCUGAAAUAAUCCUGUAUAUACUGUACUGUACUUGUCUUCCUAACAACAGCAUGGACCUGGAAGCGAGCUGACUGGCUGGCUGAGUGCGUGGGUUUGCUUGCUGACUGGAGCAGUUGCUAAUUGAGGUCUUAGAGGACACGUAGCCCUGGGCAGGUACCGGCCAGGUGCUGCAGCCCCACGAUGGGGGAGACGGCAGAGUACCAGAGACUGCAGGAGACGUCCGAGUCUGACUACCAACGCCUGGCCAGCGAUGAUGAAGAGAGACUGGGUAGCAGCAUGCAGUGUGAGGAGGGGACAGAAUGGCUGCUGGAGCUGCUGAUGGAGGUGCAGCUGCAGCAGUACUUCCUGCGGAUCCGAGAUGACCUGAACGUCACACGGCUGUCACACUUCGACUACGUCAAGAAUGAAGACCUGGAGAAAAUUGGCAUGGGACGACCUGGGCAAAGACGGCUGUGGGAGGCUGUGAAAAGGAGGAAAGCCAUGUGCAAGCGCAAGUCAUGGAUGAGCAAGGUGUUUAGUGGGAAACGUCCAGAUGGAGAAUUCCCUCAGCAGGGCCAACCAGCCUCCUCGUUUCGUAAACUCUCCCCCACGCCUCCGCUUUGUCUGGGGGAGGCGGUCCUAUCCACGCAGUCCAGCGUCGGCGCUCCUCUUGACGGGCAGCAGCAGGCUCUGACCUGCCUCAUCCCAGAGAAGGACCUGACACUGUUUGAGAAGCUCGGGGACGGCUCCUUCGGUGUGGUGAAGAGGGGGGAGUGGCUGACACCUGCAGGGAAGGUGCUGAACGUAGCUGUGAAGUGCCUGAAGACAGAUGUGCUCAGCCAGCCCGACGCUCUUGAGGAUUUCAUCUGCGAGGUCAACGCCAUGCACUCCCUGGACCACCAGAACCUCAUUCGCCUCUACGGUGUGGUGCUCACUCACCCAAUGAAAAUGGUGACGGAGUUGGCUCCUCUGGGUUCCCUGCUGGAACGCUUGCGAUGCAUCCGUCCACAGGGCCCGGUGUUGAUCCACACUCUGUGUCAGUACGCUGUUCAGGUGGCCUGUGGCAUGGCGUAUCUGGAGCAGAGGAGAUUCAUCCACAGGGACCUCGCUGCCAGGAACAUCCUGCUGGCCUCAGCUCACAGAGUGAAGAUCGGCGACUUUGGCCUGAUGAGGGCGCUGCCUAAUAACCAUGAGCACUAUGUCAUGCAAGAGCAUCGCAAGGUUCCCUUUGCAUGGUGUGCCCCAGAAAGUCUGAAGACCAGAACGUUCUCCCACGCUACAGACACAUGGAUGUUUGGAGUCACGCUCUGGGAGAUGUUCACACAUGGCCAGGAGCCAUGGCUGGGUCUUAAUGGUAGCCAGAUUCUCCAUAAAAUUGAUAAAGAAGGUGAACGCCUCCCUAAACCAGAGGACUGUCCACAGGACAUCUAUAAUGUCAUGCUGCAGUGUUGGGCUCAGAAACCAGAUGACAGACCCACUUUUGUUGCCCUCCGGGAGUUCCUGCUUGAGACUAUGCCCACAGACAUGUGUGCUCUACAGGACUUUGAUGAGCCUGACAAACUCCAAAUCCAAAUAAAUGAUAUCAUCACCAUAAUAGAGGGGAGGGCCGAGAAUUACUGGUGGCGAGGUCAAAACAAACGCACCCUUAAGGUGGGUCAGUUCCCCAGGAACGUGGUGACGUCGGUCGCGGGGUUGUCGGCGCAUGACAUUAGCAGGCCGCUUAAGAACAGCUUCAUCCACACUGGCCACGGAGACUCAAACCCUCAUCGCUGCUGGGGCUUCCCUGAUAGGAUCGACGAUUUGUACCUCGGGAAUCCCAUGGACCCUCCUGAUGUUCUGGGUUUAGACCUCAGCGCUGCUCGGCCCACGCAGCUACCAGGACGAGCUAAAAAGGAGCCUCCCCCCCGCCCUCCUCAACCAGCAGUGUUAAUCAAGAAACCUUGCUAUGAUCCAGUAAAUGAAGACGAGGAUUUGACCUCUGCAGCACUGAAGAGAUUAUCGCUCAGGAAAACGGGUUCCCUCAAAGGCCUCAAGCUAAAACCUGCUGCUUGGAUCUCUGCUUCCAAACAGGGGAGUGGUAGGACUUCAGGCUCGGGCCACAACUCCAACAGUGAAGUCGCCCUCAUUGACUUUGGAGAGGAAUUCCCCCCGCCCACUCCCACCCCUUCCCCCGUGGUUGAAAUUCAGAUUCCUUUAUUGGCCAAGCUAGCUUUGGAAGCAGAGAACAUCCUGGACAAGACUCCACCUCAAAGCCCGUCCAGAUCGCUGCCCCGUCCCCUUCACCCUACACCUGUAGUGGACUGGGAUGCACGGCCUUUACCUCCACCCCCUGCAUACGAUGAUGUAGCCCAGGAUGAAGAUGACAUGGAGGUGAGCUCCAUCAACAGCUCAGAGCAACAGGUUGAAGAGGAGCAGAGUGCCGUCUAUAAUGCAGAUGAAGGUCUCUCCUGUGGACAGAAGGCUGAGGGCGAGGAUCUUGUCUCGAGGUGUCUAGACAGAGCAGGUCUGGAGGACAACCUGUUCCUCCCCAGCAAGCAGAGUCAGGGAAUGUCCACCUCCUUCUCCCAGUCUGCAGAGAUCUUCCAAGAACUCCAGCAGGAAUGCAUGAGGAGACUCAAUGUCCCGACAGGAAGUGCUCAUCAGUCAAGUUCACCAUCCCAAAGCUCAGCCCAGGAGGGACAACAGCAGAGUCUCCCAUCCUCCAGUGAGGACAAACCUCAGAUCCCCCCACGGGUCCCCAUCCCCCCUCGCCCUAUAAAGAAGGGUGACUACACAUCAGCUAGGUGGUCAAGGGACCUCUCUCUUUCUCCAAUGCCAGCUGACGCUAUGGAGGAUGCUUCAGUUGCAGGUCUGGAUCGUCCGCCCCAGAUUCCCCCCAGAGACCCUUUGUCACAGCCGGGUUCCCGGACUCCAAGUCCCAUGGGUCUGGUAGUGGGCUCCCCCCAGCAGAGGCUCUACUCUGUCAGCCCCUCCACCCAGCAGGGUUCACUUACACCCUGCCCCUCUACACACACCUACAGCUCCUACCUCUCCACCUCUCCAGGUAAACUCAUGCCCACCACACACAGCUUUGCCUCAGAUCCUAAAUAUGCUGCACCCAAAGUGAUCCAGUCACAGGGGAAGGACGCCGCCAACAAAGGCCCCUGCAUCCUGCCCAUCGUCCGCGAUGGGCGAAAAGUCAGCAACACCCACUACUACCUUCUGCCAGAGAGGCCCCCCUACCUUGACCGGUUCGACCGCUUCUUUAAGGAGGCAGAGAGCCUCCCCACCAGCGACGUCAGGCAGCCCAACAUGGCCACCGUCAGACCAAUGGUGGUUAACACUCAGACAGUCCAGGGACACACCCAGGGUCAGGGGCUCGUCCAGUCGGGCGAGCUGAAGGCUAAUUUCUCCUCCAACAAUAACAGCAGUCUGAGCGGGCCUCGGUCAGGGAUGAAGACAUCAGUUAGUCUCCCUCGUGUGUGCUCGGACGGGUUGACAGCGCCGGUGGGCACUGCUUCCUGCACCAGGGCAGACGGAGGAGGCAGCACGCUUGACAGAGUCAAAAUGGUGCAGGAGGCCGUUCACGGCGUGACGUUGGAGGAGUGCCAAGCCGCCCUCCAGAACCAUAACUGGAAUGUCCAGAAAGCUGUGCAUUAUCUAAAGGUGGAGCAGUUGUUCUGUUUGGGUCUGAGGAGCAGGUCUGAGUGUCUAAAGCUGCUGGAGAUGUGUGACUGGAACCUGGAGAAGGCCAGCACCCAGAUGUUGGAUAACAACGGAUCCACAACAAGACAAAGACGGUGACAGAGAUCCAGAGCUGCUGAGCUUUGAUUGGAAUUUCAUCCUCAGUAAAACAUCAUCAGGCAGCGAAUCCCCUCUCGACCCUUUCUGUGUGAUGUAUCACUCCUCACCUCCGAUCAGAAGACUUUUAUCCAAGGAUGGAAGACUUAAGCAAAACUUAAUAAACUUUAUUAUGGCCACAGAAGAAAAGAAAAAAAAAAGACUUUGGGUCAUAUUUUUGUGUAAAGGUUAUGAGAUUGUUGCACAUGAAGAAAUUAUAUCCCACCAUCCAGGACAAAACAAUGGAUCGGCCUGAAAAUGAGUCAACACAUCCCACCAGGGGCGCAGCCGACUCCAUCAGAUCCACAAUUUACACUGCUGCCCAACUGCAGCGAGAUCCAGUCACCUUUCCUUUCUCUUCCUUUCCUCAAGGCCACUAAAAAGCAAGUUUGAAAGUGAAUCUGAAGAGGUGAAAGUGAGAUGAGUAGCACAAAAUACACAGCAGCACUUUCUGAAAAGCUCCUCAUUGUGUGGAAGAAAAGUACACUUAAAAAUAGAAAAACUCACCCAGCGGCUUCACCAAAGGUCAGUGUCGACUGUUGGCAGCUGUAUCGUCAUUUACAGGAAAAUAUUUUGAAAACAGAACCUCUGACACAUCCAAGCACAAUAAAACCCAACAUUUAAACAGCUGCUGAGGCCUUAUUAUACAGGAGGUGGUAUUAUUGUUAGAGGGAGGAGGUGUUAGGUUUGUCUGCUGCUGAAAAUCUGUCAAGUACGACGAAAAUGUUCAGAGAAUCCAGCUGUGAGGGGAAAAAAAUCCCUAAAAGUCCCACAAUGUUGUUAAAUAUUUAAUUAAUGUGCUUUUAAUAGGGAAGCAUGUACAUGUUUGUAUUGAUAUUAAUAUAUAAUUUAAUAUAUUUUGGAGUCAAUCCUCUAAGAAGACGAGACUUCUUAUCGUAGGUUACUGUAUUUUUGAAUGAGUUUUCCCCUGUUACCACACGUCUAAAAAAAAAAAAAAAAGAAAAA